AUGGCGAAGCUUGAAGACCGCGUCUUCUUCGUCACAGGGGCGACGUCGGGAAUUGGCGAGUUCACGGCCGAGCUGCUGGCGAAGGAGCGCUGCACCCUUAUUGUGCACGGGCGCGACCCGAGUAAGGUCGAGUCAUUGGUCAAAUCCCUGCAGAAGUUUGGAGCUAAAGUCCAUGGCUUCGUUGCAGACUUGAGCCUGACUUCGGAGGUCCGCAGGCUUGGUGAGGAGGUUUCGAAGCAGUUCCCGGUAAUCCACGGCCUGCUCAACAACGCAGGUACUUUUGCGGGAGACUACACCGGCACGCGCAAGGUCACGGCUGAGGGUAACGAGUAUUCGCUUGCUGUGAACGUCCUUGCCCCCUUCUUGCUCACCUCCCUGCUGCUGGAAAACGUCCGGGCAUCAGGGGCAGGCCGGGUCCUCAUUACGUCCUCGAUUUCCGCUGGCUCUCGGGAUGCCCUGUCCGACUUGCAAUGCGAGAAGCACUGGUCUGACCACCGAGCCUACGAGCUAAGCAAGCUUUGUGAUGCCAUGAUCACCAUGGAGCUCCAUGCGCGCUACGGGGAUCCGCCAAGGCUCAGCUUUCACACCAUGGAUCCCGGCACGGUGGACACGAAGAUGCUGAGAGCAGGAUGGGGCUUCGGUGGUGCAUCUGUGCGGUCGGCAACCACAUCCUUUGAGAUGCUCACACAGGACCGCUUCCAAACGACCUCCGGCGAAGGGAACGGAUAUUGCUGUGGCGAGAAGGCCCUUGCUCGUGCAGCUGGAUUUGGGCGAAUCCGGGUUCGGGCAGUUUGCUCGUAA